AUGCCUAUCCCCGUUGGAAAUACAAGGAACGAUUUCGCAACUUUGCAAGCAAAGUUGGAUGCAGAUGCUGCCGAGAUUGAAGAAUGGUGGUCUGACUCACGCUGGAAUAAGACUAAAAGAAGUUACACACCCAAAGAUAUUGCUGUUAGACGUGGAACUUUCCCACCAAUUGAAUACCCUUCUUCAGUUAUGUCCAGAAAAUUGUUCAAGGUAUUAGAAAAGCAUCAUAAUGAAGGUACAGUCUCUAAAACUUUUGGUGCCCUAGAUCCUGUUCAAAUUUCUCAAAUGGCGAAGUAUUUAGAUACCAUCUAUAUUUCAGGUUGGCAAUGUUCUUCAACUGCGUCUACCUCAAAUGAACCAGGACCAGAUCUAGCUGAUUAUCCGAUGGACACUGUUCCAAACAAAGUAGAGCAUUUAUUCAAGGCUCAAUUAUUUCAUGACAGAAAACAAUUAGAAGCUCGUUCAAAAGCUAAAUCCCAAGAGGAACUGGAUGAAAUGGGAGCACCAAUCGACUAUUUAACACCAAUUGUAGCUGAUGCUGACGCUGGCCACGGUGGUUUAACCGCAGUGUUUAAGUUGACCAAAAUGUUCAUUGAGCGUGGUGCUGCAGGGAUCCAUAUGGAAGAUCAGACAUCCACAAAUAAAAAAUGUGGACAUAUGGCAGGAAGAUGUGUUAUACCAGUUCAAGAACAUGUCAACAGGUUGGUGACUAUUAGAAUGUGUGCCGAUAUCAUGCAUUCUGACUUGGUUGUCGUUGCUCGAACUGAUUCAGAAGCUGCUACUUUGAUUAGCUCGACAAUCGAUACGAGAGAUCAUUACUUCAUCGUUGGUGCCACCAACCCUAAAAUUGAGCCAUUUGCCGAAGUUUUAAAUGAUGCGAUCAUGAGUGGUGCUUCAGGACAAGAAUUGGCUGAUAUUGAACAGAAAUGGUGUAGAGAUGCCGGCCUCAAGUUAUUCCAUGAGGCCGUAAUUGAUGAGAUUGAGAAAUCUGCCUUACCAAAUAAGCAUGAAUUGGUCAAGAACUUUACCUCCAAAGUGGGUCCAUUAACCGAAACAUCCCAUAGAGAGGCCAAAAAACUUGCUAAAGAAAUUCUAGGUCACGAAAUUUUCUUCGAUUGGGAUCUACCACGUGUAAGGGAAGGAUUAUACCGUUACAGAGGUGGAACACAAUGUUCCGUCAUGAGAGCUCGCGCAUUCGCUCCAUAUGCCGAUCUGGUAUGGAUGGAAUCUAACUAUCCGGACUUUCAACAAGCCAAGGAAUUUGCUGAAGGUGUGAAAGAGAAAUUCCCUGAUCAAUGGCUGGCUUACAACUUAUCUCCAUCUUUUAACUGGCCAAAGGCAAUGUCUGUUGAUGAACAACAUACUUUCAUACAAAGACUAGGUGAUCUAGGGUACAUUUGGCAAUUCAUCACAUUGGCAGGUCUACACACUAAUGCUUUGGCUGUCCAUAACUUUUCUCGUGAUUUUGCAAAGGAUGGGAUGAAAGCCUACGCCCAGAACGUUCAGCAGAGGGAAAUGGACGAUGGUGUUGAUGUGUUAAAGCACCAAAAAUGGUCUGGUGCAGAGUACAUUGAUGGACUAUUGAAGCUAGCUCAAGGUGGUGUUAGCGCAACUGCUGCCAUGGGUACUGGUGUCACUGAAGAUCAGUUCAAAGAAAAUGGGGUAAAAAAGUAG